AUGCUGAAGACACUGGACGUGCUCCUUCUCCUCUGUCUUGUUGGAGCAGCGAAUGCUCUGUACAAACAGUGGAUUCCUGACACUAACUAUGAGAAUAAGACCAACUGGGACAAAGGCGCCAUUCCUUGUGGCAAUGACAUAGUUCAGUUUUCAGCCCAGAGGAAAGUGUCUGUGUUUGUGGAGACCACACAUGCUGUACAGGAGAUGAGGAUGCCAGUUGAUGGAGAGCUCAUCCUGAAUUCAGGAGCUGGAUUUUAUGUUGUUGCAGGACUAGACCCGGACUGUGGAGCAGGUGUUACUACCACGUUCAAAACUUCAGAGUCUCUGCAAUGGUUUAACCCAGCCCUGUGGCAAGCAGCUGAAACUCUGGAUGACAUGCAGCAGGGAAAUUUUCUGUUCUCAGUCCAUGAGGAGAGUGUCCCUUGCCAGUAUGAUGAUGUGGUUUUUAAGGCCCUCUCCUCCUUUAGAGUGGACACCAGCGCCAGCCUGUCAAGCAUCCCUGUCAAAUCUGUGUCUGUAUUGGGGAAGACGUUUGACAGCAAAUCUGACUUCACCCAGUAUCUCAGCUCACGUACAGGCCAACUUCAGUUUCAUGGAUCCUCUACAGUCACUGUCGGGAACUCUGGCUGCGUGGAUCCUUCUGGCUGUGACUGUGGGAAUUCUGUCAACAAUCAGAAGAUCUGUGCCACUGUCACAUGUCCCUCUCUGAGCUGUAAGAAGCCUCUGAGCCCUUUAGGACACUGCUGUGAUGUGUGUGGUGCCAUUGUCACAAUCCGUUAUGCCUCCAGUUUCAACCUGCAGACUUACAGACAACGAAUCCAGCACCUCUUUCUUGUUAUGCCACAAUACAAAUCCAUUCAGCUGGGGAUGUCUAAAGUCUUAAAAUCACAGCGGUUGAUGGGGAUCAUCCCUUUUGGCUCCUCAGCUGAGAUCCAGGUAGUUAUGCUGGAUGAGGAGAAGGGCACACAGUCAGAGGCUCUAGCCUGGGACAUAGUGAAUGAUGCCCGUUCUAAUGGGGCUAAUCUGGGAAUCGUUGAAGCUGAAUUCCAAGCCUCGACUGGGAGCAGCAGUGAUCAGCUUGGAAGCAGUGCUGGAAUGGUGGUUGGAGUUGUGUUUGGAGUUUUAAUUAUGAUUACAUUCAUUAUUGUUGUGGUUGUCCUAAUUCGUAAGGGGGUUGUUAAGAUACCACAGAUGCCUCCACUGCCUUCUCUGAGCCGCUUGAGAAACAACAAUGAUAUUGGUGACCUUGGUGGGCCUCUUGAUCAUGGCUUUGCUAAUCCCAUGUUUGACAAGCCCGGCAUGAUGCCUGAAGCUCCUAGUCUGUAUGGGGCUGAAAUGAAUAGAUCUAUCUCCCUGACUCAGACAGGUGUACACUUUGUAAAUCCAGUUUAUGACGAGAAUGAAACUGAUUUUACUGCCUGAAAUUGACUGCAUUGAACUUUAGGUAUGUAAAUGAUUUCCAAAUGUACUUUUUUAUUAAU